UUAGCUUGACUCCAAUAGCGGAAGAAAGGUGGGCUAUAUACAAUGUAAAUGUUCAGAAGCCUCUCACCAUGUUCCAUGAAAUUUAUCCCAAUACGCACCCACAAUUGCAGCCAUAAGCGUUUUUAUAUUUCCCCAUCGCCUCCAUUAUUUUAGUAAAAUAAAAUUGGGGAGCUUAACAUUUCCAUCAGAUGUAAAAGUCACAUUCGCCCACAUCUCCUCCGUGCCCCUCCAGUGUCGCAUAAGAAAGCAUUAACUCGUGACUCCUCCCCCUUUUCUCCUUCUUCCACCUCUCAAUACGACUCUUCACUAGUGUGCGCGGGCGGAACGGGAACGCUCCUACAACUGCGCGUGCGUGAGAAAGAGUACGCGGAGGGACAGGCAGAGGGAGAGUCGAGCGAAUCGAGGACCGCCGGGGUGGGUAGGAUUUUCGACUAUUGAUUCACGUCGGCCCAGGCUUGUGAGCCGAGUCAGCUGUGACUUUGACCGCGGCGCGGAGCGGUCGCGGCUGCCACCAUCUUUGAGACUGGCGUGGGGUAAUUAAGCCGGAUCGAGACUCGACACAGAUACCUGUUGGCCUUACUUGCAGUAUGCAAACUCGGGGUCUGGCUGCUUUCUGACUGCUUGUGGUAUUGUCGCAGUUCCCUGUCAAGCGCCUACUACGCCACCAUCGUGUCUUUGCACCACUGCGCCUGGUAGUCACCCCGCCGACGCCCCUGUCCCCUGUGUGAGGUGAAGGAAGAAGGAAAUACAGGGUCGGUGGUAGAAAACAGCACUUUCCCCCCAUCCUCCUUACGGGAAAGAAAAUGUCCAAACUUGUGGCCAAAAAAACAUGUUCCAUGAGAUAAGCCUAUGACAUUGAUGAAAUCCAAAGAGGACAUCCUUCAUCUUAAUUUGAUGGCAUGAAGCUCAUCCAUUUAACAUUAGAAAGGUUACAGAGCAGGUUACAAAUGGUGUGGAUUUUUAUCAUGAACCGGAUGAGCUCGCAAAGCAGUUCUACCACACAGCGCAGACGUAUGGCUCUUGGAAUUGUGAUUCUCCUUCUCGUUGAUGUGAUCUGGGUUGCUUCUUCUGAACUUACAGCAUAUGUGUUUCAAAACUACAAGAAACCAUUUUUCAGUACAUUUGCAAAAACAUCCAUGUUUGUUCUUUACCUCUUGGGAUUUAUUGUUUGGAAACCAUGGAGGCAGCAAUGCACACGUGGAUUUCGUGGCAGACAUGCAGCUUUUUUUGCAGAUGCUGAAGGUUAUUUUGCUGCGUGUACAACUGACAAUGCUGUAAAUAGCUCUUUGAGCGAACCAUUAUACGUUCCUGUAAAGUUUCAUGACUUGCCAAAUGAAAAAAGCAGCAGCAGUGAUGAUACUGAAAAAACUUCCAAAAAGCCUCGCGUAAGAUUUAGUAAUAUAAUGGAGAUUCGACUGCUCCCAUCAAGCCAUGCAUUAGAAGCAAAACUGUCUCGUAUGUCUUAUCCAACAGUUAAGGAUCAGGAGUCCAUUUUAAAAGCUGUAGGGAAGCUUACUGCAUGCCAAGUAGCGAAAAUCAGCUUUUUCUUUUGCUUUGUGUGGUUCCUGGCAAAUUUCUCUUAUCAAGAAGCACUGUCAGACACCCAAGUGGCUAUAGUUAACAUCCUGUCUUCAACUUCUGGACUUUUUACCUUAAUCCUAGCUGCAGUGUUUCCAAGUAACAGUGGAGACAGAUUUACCCUUUCAAAAUUGUUAGCUGUCGUUUUAAGCAUUGGAGGUGUUGUUCUUGUGAAUCUUUCUGGAUCUGAUAAAUCUGCAGGAAUAGGUUCCCUGUGGUCUCUCAUAGGAGCUAUGCUCUACGCAAUCUACAUAGUUAUGAUAAAACGAAAAGUUGACAGAGAAGACAAACUUGAUAUACCAAUGUUUUUUGGUUUUGUUGGUUUGUUUAAUUUGCUGCUGCUCUGGCCAGGUUUCUUCCUACUUCAUUAUACUGGAUUUGAAGACUUUGAAUUUCCCAGCAAAUUUGUACUUACAUGCAUUGUUAUCAAUGGCCUUAUUGGAACUGUCCUGUCUGAAUUUCUUUGGUUAUGGGGCUGCUUUCUUACCUCAUCAUUGAUAGGCACACUUGCCCUGAGCCUUACAAUACCUCUAUCCAUAAUAGCUGACAUGUGCAAGCAAAAGGUUACAUUUUCUUGGUUAUUUUUUGCAGGGGCCAUCCCUGUAUUUUUUUCAUUUUUCAUUGCAACUCUUUUGUGUCACUACAACAACUGGGAUCCUGUGAUGGUAGGAAUCAGAAGAGUUUUUGUAUUUUUCUGCAGGAAACACCGUAUUCAGAGAACACCAGAAGAAAGUGAGCAAUGUGUAAGUCUCAUUGCAAUGCACAGUAUUUCUCAAGAAGAUGGAGACAGUGGCUGCUCUUAGACAACAGUGUAAGGUGAAAUGAUAGCUCAGCGAAGAGACAAUCUUCUGGAAAGUCCCCAUGGAAUCAUUUUUCAGUGCCUCUUAUGAAUCUUUAAAUGUUUCAAUUCAUGUGAAACUUAAAAAUACAUUUCUUCCCACUUCCUCUCAAUUUCCAAUCUUGAAUCAGUUUUAUUAUAGAAUGACUUUACUACAGGAAAUUCCACUUCUUUUAAGAAACCAGUCUGCCUUAUAGAACUCAGUUGGUGACAUUACUUGACAUAAUCAAGAAAGUGAAUGCUGUUCUAGUUAGUCAUUUUUAAAAAACUUUCAUAUGUUAAAAUGCUGGACAAGAUUUUUACAAAUACUUUUCACAUUCUUUAAAAAGUCUGUGGAUCAUAACUUUGUAUAAACUUUGAAAUGGAAAAAAACUAAAACACACGAGAGACCUGUAAUAGGUACGAGUAACUAUUUUCUAAUGUAUAAUCUUUACUUGAAUAAUAGAAAAGGAAGGAAAUUAUUGCAAUUUGAAUAACUUCAUUACAGAAGUUAUUAUCGUUUUCCAACAUUACCUAUGCCCUUCUAUCUACAGGAGACCUUGCAAUGGUUGGGUGCCUUGUGCUUCAACACGUAUUGGGUCUUAAAGUAAAAAUGUUAAUAAAGAGUUAACAUCAAAGUUAAUGCAUACAUUCGAAUCAAAGGAAUUCAAAGUUAGUUAAUACCAAAACUCUUCUAAAAUGUGCCAAAUUAUUCCAUAUACAAAACUGUAAUGACUGAAUGUUUUUGGUUCAAUGCUGGAGAAGAAAAUUAAGCUACACUGGAAUGCAUGGGCUGUGAGCCAAGUUAUGCAUGACAAGCAGGUCUGUGAUUGUUUCUCCAGCCUCUUUAUUCUUUUUAUAAAAUUGGCUGCAGUGAGUGAAAGAACAUUACAAAAAAGGCGUUUCUUUUAACCCAUUUCUUGCCUGCAAUUUGCCUGCUCCAAAUCCCCACCAUCAGCUUUCAUAUCCACUGUUUCCCUACUUGCUGAGUGGGGAGGGAAAGGGCACCUAGUUUAAUUUUUAUUUCAGGUUAGGUUCCAAGUUAUGGAUCUGCCCAUGAUGUGUAGAUUUGGCUGUGUGACCCACAAGUUUGCCUAUACAGUUGUUUGUGUGCAAGAAAGCUUUUGAUGCAUAUUUCCACUUGCUGCCCCCCCCCCCUCCCCCGGCCCCUUUAAUUUCCAGGCUGUCUCAUAAGAAGCAAGUUUUUAAGCUGCUUGAAGUGCUGUUUGAAAGGGUGCGGCAUCUCAUGACCAAGACAUUAUAUGUUCCAGAAUAGCUUUUCUGGAAUAUCUUGGAAUACUGAUUAGUCAGAAAUGGACAGUCAUCAUUCUAAACGUCUGUAUAGCAAUGGAUUGUGUAAAUCAUAAUACUAGACAAGGUUGUAUUUGUAUGGAAAUAAUAUAUCACUACCAUUGUUAUGAUUUUCUAAGGUCAGUUGAUUCUAUACUACACUGUGCAGAAUGUUUUCAAGUUAUGGUUGACAAUGAACUGUAGUUCAUAUUAAGAGUACAAAUCAAGGAAACAAAGGCUUUAGGGAAAAGUCUGACAAAACAAUUUGAUGCCAACUUUCUCCAGUCUAAGUCCAGUGAAAUCCAGAGACUUGGAUUGGUGUAAGUCAUCAUAAGAUUGCACUGCUAGUGAAAAUGUUAGCAGUGCUGUGGAAUUUGGGAUUACAUUUAGCACUAAACAGUAAAACAAUCUUUAAUACAUAAAGGUAACAUGCCUUCCAGGGCUAGAAUCCAAGAGUGAAUAUGUAUAAACUCUGUGGCUGUGAAGUGUAAUCAAGUUGCAGCUGACUUAUGGCGACACUGUAGAAUUUCCACAGUAAUGAACACAAGUGGUUUGCCAUUACAUUCCUCUGCAAAGCAACCCCAGUGUUCCUUGGUGGUCUCUCAUUAAAGUACUAAGGUAGGGUAUAUAAAUCCUGAAAUUUCAAAGCUAUUUUUUAUUUUAUUAAAUUUGAUAUCCCGCACAAGGCCUGUCUCAGGCCGGCUAACGAUUAAAAUAGUUCAUUCAAAGGUCAGAGACCAUCCCAUAGAUCGAUAAAAACUAAAAACACCCGGCUGGCAUUUCUCAGACUUAUUAAAACAAUUAUCCCAUCCUUAAUACUUUCUUCCUAGUUCAGAUUUAUCUUAAAUAAAAAGGAAUGGAGGAGAAAAAAGACCUGGGUGGGGAAAGGAUUUCAGAGGCCAGCAGUGUUUGAGAUUAAACUGUAGCUGCCUCAACCAAAGGCUUAGUGGAACAUCUCCGUCUUGCAAGCCCGACAGAACUAUACUAAAUCCCACAGGGCCUUGCUCUCACCAGAAAGGUAUGUCCAAAUGUCAUGUUACUGCACCACUCUUGUGAUUCAAGCUUUCCAUUCUCUCCUAUUACAAAAUGGCAAUAUAGACUUGUACAUUCCUCUCUCUCUUUUACUGGAGAAAGUUCUAUUUGAUCCUGACAAUGUCAAUGCUAAGAAAAAAUGUGAUGUUUGGAUGAAUACAAUCAGUACCUUGACUACUUUUUUCCUCUCUGUCAUACAGAAAAAUAUUGUUCAAUAUAAUCAUAUCUGUUCCCAGUUAUGAAUGGCGGUCAUUAACUAGCUGAACUUUGUACAUGUGAAUUGUUUAUAAAAGAAAAUGUGUAGUGUCAGUCAUUAUACCUAUCACAUGAACGACAUGAUGUCCUUUUUUCCUUUUGAUUACUUGCUUGAUUUGCUGCAGUGCAUAUCUUAGAUCUUACAUUAAGUUCUGCCCAUUGGGAGGAGAAAAUUCAUCUUCAUGAGGAAGCUGAGUUUGAACUGCUCUUAAACUAAGAAAAGAGGCAAUUACUGAGCCCAAUAGUGGAAAACAAGAACAAUUUUUUUCUGCAUCAAAAUCUGCUGUUUUAUUGAUUGUGUGUAAAAACAGCCUCUAACAGUAAUGUUAAUAACAACCAUACCCAUAUUCCUCAUAUGGGCAACUCUUCUUUCAGAAGCAACAUUUCAAUGUUCAUAGGAAAAAAAUUGCUAAUUCUACCAAGUCACUCGGACAAAAAAUACAGGAUUCAGUUAUCACUACCAGAAGGAACCCAUUCUUGGUUUUAUCUCACACUAAAACUGCAUAAUCUAUUUUUAAAAAACUGUAAUGGAAAAAUAUUUUAAAAUGCAUAGCAAUAUAAUAUGUUGACCUUUCAAAUAAAUGUUUUAUUUUGCUCAGUAUUCUUUGUAUAUCCCAUAAUACCACUACAUGGUGCCCAUUUUGGUAAAAAGUUCCAAUAUUUUCAGUCUCAUUAUGAUGAAUGUGUUUAAAUGUGCUCAGAUAGGUCAGCCUGUACACAAAACAAAAACUGGAAAUUACCAUUCUUACUAUUAUUUAGAAAUUGGGAAUGGAAUAUAAUUCCAUCAUUAUUACACUAUGAAUUACAGAGUAUAUGUUAUAAAUAGACAUUGAACCUGUAAUAAAUGUGAUUUUACACUUUUCUACA